AUGUUACCCCACCCACCCCCAGAAUGUUGCCCCUCCCACACCCCAAAAUGUUACCCCUCCUACAUUGCACUGAACUUCCGCACCACCUAUGUGAGUACGACUGGUCAGGUGGUUUAUGAAGCCCGCUCUAUCUUUGUACACUACGCCACCUCCUGGCUGUUUGUUGACCUGAUCGCCGCCCUGCCCUUUGACCGCUGCUCUACGCCUUCAAUAUCAGCGUGGUGGUGUGCGUACUUUGGGGUCCACCUGCUGAAGACAGUGCGGUUACUGCGUCUCCUGAGGCUGCUCCAGAAGCUGGAGCGUUACUCUGAGUACAGCGCCGUGGUUCUCACCCUGCUCAUGUCUACUUUCGCCCUGCUGGCCCACUGGAUGGCCUGCGUCUGGUACUUCAUCGGACGCAAGGAGAUCGAGAGCAACAGCCUGAGCUCCUGGGAUAAUGGCUGGCUUCAUGAACUGGCAAAACGUCUCGACACCCCUUACUUCCUGUCACCUUUAACCUCGUUCCUUGGAGUCACUGAUUCGCUGCACACUUCUAGAACGAAUGGGUUGGCAGCCAAUUACAAUCACUGGAACACAUCAGGGUCAGAGCCGAUUGGACAGGAUUUCUCUUCCUCCUUCAGCUCCGGCCAAUGGAACGUCAGCGAGGCGGGGCGGAGCCAGGUGAAUGGCUCAGGGGCCUCGGGGGCGGCGCUAGGAGGCGGGCCGUCAGUGAGGAGCUCCUACGUGACGUCUCUUUACUUCGCUCUGAGCAGUCUGACCAGCGUGGGCUUCGGAAACGUCUCAGCCAACACCGACUCAGAGAAGAUCUUCUCCAUCUGCACCAUGCUCAUAGGAGCCCUGAUGCAUGCUGUGGUAUUCGGUAACGUGACAGCCAUCAUCCAGAGGAUGUACUCUCGGCGCUCCCUCUACCACACACGUACCAAGGACCUGAAGGACUUCAUCCGGGUCCACGGGCUGCCCAAGGCCCUGGAACAACGCAUGAUGGAGUGCUUCCAGACCACCUGGUCUGUCAACAACGGCAUCGACGUCAGCGAGCUGUUGAAAGACUUCCCAGAUGAGUUGAGGGCAGACAUCGCCAUGCACCUGAACAAGGAGCUCCUGCAGCUGUCUCUGUUUGAGUCGGCCAGUAGGGGGUGUCUGCGCUCCCUGUCCCUCAUCAUAAAGACAUCGUUCUGCGCCCCGGGGGAGUAUCUCAUCCGCCAGGGAGACGCCCUGCAGGCCAUCUACUUUGUCUGCUCUGGGUCCAUGGAGGUGCUGAAGGACAACACGGUGUUGGCUAUACUGGGUCGUGGGGACCUAAUCGGCUCUGACUUCCUGACCAAGGAGCAGGUGAUCAAGACCAAUGCCAAUGUGAAGGCCCUGACUUACUGUGACCUGCAGUACAUCAGUCUGAAGGGGCUCAGAGAGGUGCUCUGGCUCUACCCAGAGUACGCCCAGAAGUUCAUCACUGAGAUACAACAUGAUCUGACUUACAAUCUGAGAGAGGGGCAUACGGCUGAGAUGGACUGGGUGACUAACGGUGGUAUUGUGAAGAAGCUUUCCUCCAUCCAAAGAAGACGAGGAGGGAUCUGAGGAGGCUCAACACUCGCCCCUCCCCAAAAUGCCCCGUUCCCCUCUGGGUCUGGGAUGGGGGCUGGGCUCCCCACUGCGCUCGCCCCUGCGUAGCCCCUCCCGCCCCCCCACAGACCACCGCAGGCACCGCCCCCACUACUCUCCAGAUUCCUGUGGUGAGCUUCAGUUGUGCCUCUCUGGACCUCAGUCCCAGGUUUGUGGAUGGCAUUGAAACAGACAGUGGUAGUAGUUUGGGCCAGAAUUUUGACUUCAGCCCCAGUGUGACCCAGAACAUCCCACCCAGCUCUAGUCCAGGAAUGCAGGAGGAUGCAGAGACCGUCCAGACUAUUACUAAACUGACAGAAGAGAUGACUAGCCUAUCCCUGCAGGUGUCACAGGUCAGCCAGGACCUCCAGGAAAUGACACGGCUGCUCAAGCCCCUCCUCCAGCCCCUUCUCCUCCAAGGCUCUUCCCAGUCCAUCCUCUCCUCCCUUAUGGCUGCCCUGACUCCGCCCACCAGUGAGACUCUCAGUAGCUCCGCCCCUCCACCUCCCAAAACUCCUUCCAACACCAACUUACUGCUGUUGGAAGAUACAGAGAUAGAGGGGGAGAGGAGACACCCGGAUCGCCACUUUCAGACACCUUCCGGGGGUCUAACAACCAUCCCCCUACCCCAUCCUCACUCGACUUCUUUAGGGGCAGAGAUGACCCCGACGAGCCCUGUUCAGCUCAGCUUCAUCGACGAGGAGAGGCCCACUGUCUGAGAGAAAGGAUUCACCAACACAGGACUGGCAUGACGAGACUGGCAUCAUGGCAUGGCUGGCAUGACACCCCUCAUAUCACUGCAUGAGGCACAUGGCUGCCCUGGGUUACUGUUUAUUUAAUACUAAGAUAACAAGUUAUUAUUACCAAAUUUAUUUAUUCCUAAUAUGAAAUGUUAUGAACUGACAAGUUAUUGUUAUACCAUAUCUAUCACUGGCUAUGAUCAAAUGAAACACAUCAGAAAUAUAAAAGUCUUGUUUUACAGUUUAGGCUCUAGAGUUGGUUUGACGCAGAAUGACUGCAGAGAGGAUCUUGUCCAUUGGUUGUGGGCUGUAUUAGACAUUAUCAGACUUACACCAAACACACAAUAAAAACACAACUCGCCUGCUG